UGUGCACGAGCUCCAGGAUAUGUUUUCAGAUGAAAGUGAAUGGAAUUUAGCAGAUGUAAAUUAUCUUCUUGGAAUUCUGAAUCAAAAGAAACAAAGACUCGAAGCAGAUAGCAAUGCUGCCCAAAAUGAACUUCUYUACAAUUUCUUAAUUCAAGUCAAGCGUCAUAAGCAAGAACAACUUGAUCAGUUAACACAAGAAAUCAAACUCAUAGAUGAAGAUAUGCACAAAGUCAAGGGAAUGAUUGAUGACCAUGAACGCAACUACCUGAUGUUACCUGGUUUAUCAAACUCUGACAAGUUUUUGCUUGGAGAAGUGGACCAUGCUGUACCAACUACACCAACAGCCAAAAAUGCACCUAUUGCUGUUGGUGCUGAUGUGGAUCAAGCCACUAGCUCUGUUGAAUUAUCUGUUCCUGAGAAAACAUCUGAAGAUACUCCUCAAGAUGGUUUUAAUGGCAGUCAACAUGGUGCAAAGACAUUAUGGUGUAGUACAAGUUUAGCUGCAAGAAGAAAAAGAAUCCACCAACACUUUGAUGAUCUUGAGAAGUGUUAYUUUGCRAUGAGACAAGGCGAUAUAUCAACAAGCGACAAGUCACAUGAUGCUCUGGAGCAGUUCACAGAAAGUCUUGCUAAGUUUACUAAGUUCAGUGGUUUUCGACCUUUGGCAACAUUGAGUUAUGCCAGUGAUAUUUACAAUGGCUCUAGCAUUGUAUCAAGGUAAU